AUGGAGGAGAAAAGAGUAGCAAUUAUUGGAGCUGGAAUUAGUGGUCUUUUAGCAUGCAAAUAUACACUAGAAAAAGGUUUAAUUCCAAUAGUUUUUGAAGCUUCAAAUGCAAUUGGUGGAGUUUGGACACAAACAAUUGAAUCAACAAGGUUACAAAGUCCAAAAAGGACAUUUGAAUUCACUGAUUUUCCAUGGCCUAAAAGUGUUAGAGGAAGGUACCCUCAUAACAUGGAAGUAUUGAAGUAUGUUGAGGAUUAUGCAAAACAUUUUGGGCUAAUGGGAUAUAUCCAAUUGAAUAAUAAAGUUAUUGGGAUUAAUUAUGUUGGAGUUUGUGUUGAAGAAAUGGAUUCUUGGGAGUUUUGGAGUGGAAAUGGAAAACCAUUUGGCUCUGAGGGGAAAUGGCAAAUCUUAGUGCAACAUGAGGACUUCACCACUCAGGAAUAUGAAGUUGAGUUUUUAAUUUUAUGCAUCGGAAGAUAUAGUGGUUUAGCAAAUAUGCCGGAGUUCCCUCUCCGUGAAGGACCGGACGUUUUCGCCGGAAAAGUGAUGCAUUCCAUGGAGUACUCAGCCAUGGACAAUGAAAGUGCUAGAGAACUAAUUAAAGGAAAGAGAAUUGCCGUUAUUGGUUCUCAAAAAUCAGCUAUAGAUAUCGCAGCUGAAUGCGCAAAUGUUAAUGGUCCAGAAAUUCCUUGUACAUUGGUACAAAGGACAAUAGCAUGGACACUUCCAAGUGGAUGUUUUUGGUGGGGAAUUAAUCUUGGAUUUUUAUAUGGUAGUCGAUUUUCAGAGCUUUUGGUUCACAAGCCUGGCCAAAACGUUAUAUAUAGUGUGGUCGCCUCCCUACUUGCUCCUCUGAGAUGGGGGUUCUCAAAAUUUGUGGAGAGUUAUCUUACAUGGAACUUGCCAUUGAAGAAAUACAACAUGGUACCAAAACAUAGCUUUCUUCAAGACGUGUCUUCUUGCAAGUCCCUUUUAUUGCCUGAUAAUUUCUAUGGAAAAGUUGAAGAAGGCAGCAUUGUUCUCAAGAAAAUACAAUAUUUUUCUUUCGUCAAACAAGGGUUGAUUCUUGAUGAAGAAGUUGAUAAGCCAAUAGUAGCUGACCUUGUUAUCUUUGCUACUGGAUAUAAAGGUCAAGAAAAGUUGAAGAAUAUGUUUUCCUCAAAAAAAUUUCAGAAUCACAUAAUGGGAUCACCAAACUCAUUUUUUCCUCUUUACAGGCACAUAAUACAUCCAAGAAUACCAAACCUAGCAAUAAUUGGAUACUCAGGAAGCAUAACAAAUCUCCACACAUCUGAGAUGAGGUGUCAAUGGCUAGCACAUUUUCUUGACCAAACAUUCAAGUUGCCAAACAUAAAAGAGAUGGAAAAAGAGAUUCAAAAGUGGGAAGAUUACAUGAAAACAUAUGCUGGAAAAGAGUACAAAAGGGGCUGUAUUGCAGCACUACACAUAUGGUACAAUGAUCAAUUGUGCAAGGACAUUGGAUGCAACAAUAGAAGAAAGAAGAGUUUCUAUGAUGAAUGGUUUCAACCAUACUUGCAAUCAGAUUAUGUUAGGCUAACUCCAAAUUAAUUAGUCUUAUUAAGUAUUUCAUAUAUUUUCCUGCGACUAGAAAGUUACUUUUUUUGUAGUAAGACGUUUUCUAUUGUUUGGUUGUCUGAAAAUAUUUUUCAUCAGAUAGGGAAAUGAC